AUGUCNAAAGAAAGAUUAAAGAAAAUCCAAAACUCUAUUGAUUUAGCAAAUGAAGUUUUUAUUUAUUGUAAUUUUAGGACUUGAAUAAUGCUGAAGGUCAUUAUAAAUCAGUAAGUGAAACAUUGACAGAAGAGUUAAACACUUUUGAUGACGUUUAUAGAAUUUAUUCAAGUUAAGUUGGAUCUCAAAGUUAAUCAUAUAAGAGAGAUGUUUAAGGCAAAAUUACCAAUUGA